AUGAGCCUCAUCACCCUGGUCAGUGGACUUGAAGUGCCGUUGCCAUCUAUCGUUCCCUACGGGGCUCUCGACUGGCUGCAGUCGAGGCCUCUGUUAUCCGCUUUCCAUGAUCUGCAAUCCUUGUAUGAUGAGCUGCGCAUGCUCGACGAUAUGUCGGACGGGGAAUAUGAUCAGAUCGAGCGUCAAUACAGUGAAAUGAUUCAGAUACAAGUCCAACCUCAAACUCCGGAACCCGACAAGAUUCCCCCCCUUGCACCAAAUUGGUACUUGGCGUAUAUGUUAAGAGAACGUAGAAGAGAGGAACUCACUCGCAUACUCGAUCACCGCAGGGUCGAGCUACGGAGCAUAGCGAACGAGCUCUCUCGUCCAAGACUGCGACGUUUGAAGCUCCUCGACCUCCCAACAGAGAUUCUCUGUUAUAUUGUCAACUUGUUCAGGUGGCAGCGAAAAGACCCCGACUGGGAGAGCGAAGAAAACCUUGAGGUGAUCCGAGGAAUCCGGCUGGUUUGUCGUCGCUUACACAAGAUUGCAACACCAUUGCUGUUUCGCAUCCUGCGCCUCUCGGUCACGACGACGUCUCUGGUGCAUGCGAGGCGAGUGCUGGAAAACCCGCUCAUGGCAUCCGGCGUGGAGAGGUUGCAGCUCUCUCUGCGGUAUUGUCCAGAGCAACCGGCUUUGGACUACUGGAAUUAUCUAAGACAUGCCAACCUGUGUCUCGAGGAAAUUUUAGUUCACGCAAAGAGUACCGAGGAAUUUCAGCGGUGUAAGUACGAUUUAGCUGAGGACGAGCGAAAUCGGCUACAGGGCCCUGCCGAUCAUGAUGUUGAUGACGCGGGCAAACAUCAUAAGUCAUUUUUUUGGGAAGUUCACGACAUCCUGAAUACGAUGGAUCACGUUAUGAUUGAAACUCUCCAAGCUCUUGGUCGGCCAGCAGGUGAUAAUGGUAAUGCCGAUUAUAAGCCAAAGGACGAAUUUGAGGCCCGUUGCCAGAGGCUCAUGAGGGCAAGCCAUGAACGGUUCCGCACCCUCCACGAGGAACAAUACAAACUCUUGGAGAGUAGAGAGUUUGUCACGGAGCUGGCGAAGCUUGUAGCACGAAUGCCCAGGACCCCCACACUGUUCAUGACUGACUACAAAUGGAGGUUUUUCGAACGCGAAGAGCCCAAGGACGUGGAUGAAUUCGUGGUGGACCUGCUUUCCCAGCCCUGGGGCUGGGACGAGAUCGAGCAUAUGUGGGUCGCAGGCCAAGUCGACGUCAAGAUGGCCUGCGUGCGCCUGUUGUCCGAGCUCCCGAUCGCCCUGUACCGUGCGGGCGUUCGCCUUGAGACUCUUGAGAUCGGCGUCAUGCCCAUGUACACCAGCUUCAUCGAGCUCUGUCCCCAACUCCCGCCGCCGCCAGACGAUACUACCGCUUCCUCAACACCAACCUCCUCUUCAUCCCAGCCUGGCCGUACCGAGAGAACGCCCUGGCACGACCUAAUCGACUCCUGCGCCUCCCUAACCACCUUCCACGUCCUCCCCUCUUGCUGCGACUGCGUCUCCAGCAUUUGGCCCUGUUCCCUCGACAAAAGUGUCCGGCCCGUCACGCGCAAGAUCCAGCUGCGCGAGUACCAGCGCCAGCUCCUCAACCGCUACUUCGGCUCCAUCAUCUACGGCUGCGCUCAGCGCAACCUGCGCUCGCUGCGCCUCUCCCUCAGCCGUUUCUAUACUUUUGUCCCGUCGCGCGUGCCGGAAGACAACGCAGCCCAUUGGAACAUGCCGCCCCCGCCGGAUCCGCGUCCUGCGCAUGCGCUUGAGGGGUUGAAUGACUUUUAUUGGCGUGCGUAUGAUGUGAGUCAGCUGCUUAACGGGCUACCGCCCCUGCCAAAACUGCGGGAAUUCGAGCUGGCCGGUGUAUCCGUCCUCAAGCGUGGUACGUUGGCCGCGUUCAUCCUCGGCGCGAUACCCGACCGCAGUCUCAGACGUGCGGGGCUGAACUGGGUCGAACUGGAGUGGGGGGAUGCCUGGACGCAUGUGCUGGAUUGCUUAAGGCAGAAGAUUGAUCGGGAGAAUGGGACGAAGACGGACAAGGAUAGGUUUAGGUGGUGUCAGAUGCAUAUUGGAGGUUUUAAAGGAGGGUUGGAGUUUACGGGGAGGAGGCCGAGGAAUCUCUUGACUUUUUGUAGCCAGGUUCAGAAGUACAUGAUGGGGAAUACGGAGGAGAAUCCGUGUAGGCGGUUUUUGGUGCCGAGGGGCCAGGAGAUUGAGGAUGCGACGUCUGACGAGGAUGACUAG